AUGAUUGUUGGUAGUAGUAAUAGCAAAAAUGAUACAGUAGAAGUAGGAAUUGUUGGUGACAUUGGUGGAAUUGAUGAAAAUAGUAGCGAUUCAGUAUUCCAAUCUACAAAACUUUCAGCUAAUGUUGACUUUUGUAAUAUUGAAAAUGAUGAGGAGGCAGCUGGUCUUUUACUUUUGGAUGUUAGAUUUCAUGAUUCAAUAAAUACCAAAUUUGAAAUUGAUUGA